AUGAGCAGAAAUCCAAAUUUAGUUUGCUCUAGGGAACACCACGAAUAAGCUCCUAUAAGUGGUGUGUGUUUGAAUUAAUAAUGCUAAUAAAAUAGAGCUUUUUGUGUUGCCUGCAAAGUCGAAUUUCACAAAGGACAUGAAGCAGAUUACAUGCAUUUCCAGGCUUACCCAUAAUGGAUUGCUACUUGUCUCAAACCUUAUCAAGAAUUUACACCAUUUUAGGACACAGUUCUCUAAACAUCAAAUAAAUUGAACGACGUUUUAAAUCUAGCGAAUAAUUUCAGAAAUUAAGACAUUUCAACCAUGUCCAUAGGCUAGCUAGAAUAAUACACAAAAGGUCUAUUGACACUGAAAUCUUCAGAAGCACAAUUGACUUCAUUAAUAAAUAAAGUUAAAGCUGAUAUAGGUAAUUUAUUACUACUUUUGAAACCUAUUACAGGUUAAUAAUCAGCAAGUCAGUAAUAACAAUUGAUUUAAUCUUAAUCAACUUCAGGGAUAAAAUAAGGUGGUUAAUCAAUAUAAUAAGUAUAACCCCCCGUAAAUGCUCAACCAACACAAUUAAAUUUAACAUUUUCAGAUAAAAGCAAAAUAUCCCCUAACAUUAAGAUAGAAAAAGGUGGGAAGUAAGCAAGUGGAAUUGGAUUUGUCAUUUGUGAUUUUGUGAUUCCAAAAGAUAGAGAUUCAAUUUUCGCAUUCAAGUAUAAUAGUGGAUUCAGCAUUGCUUUGGGGCUAUGCUAUAAAGAGAGAACUGUUGAAUAAAACUAUUCAGAGAAAUUACAAAAAACAGGCCAUGGAUUUUAUUUAAUUACGAGUGCCAGUAUGAGUUUUUCUCAUUCAGAUGAAUAGGUUAAUAACAAAUCCCACAAGUUUAAGAUUAACCCACCUGACGUCAUUGCAUUGAGGAUCAAAUCAAGUUAAAAAUCGCUUACCUGGAUAAUUAACAAGGAAGAAGUUUUGGUAAUUUUGUAAAUUAUGUAGACCAUGACCAUUGAUUUAAGUAAAGAGCUUUAACCCUUCAUUGAUAUUUGCGGAGUAGUUGAUUUAGUGGAUGCAUGA